ACGAUUUAGUUUCUCGUUUCUUUUAGGAAACAUGUCGAAGGGACCAGCAGUCGGUAUCGAUCUCGGGACCACCUACUCCUGUGUUGGUGUGUUCCAGCAUGGCAAAGUUGAAAUCAUCGCCAACGACCAGGGCAACAGGACCACACCCAGCUACGUGGCCUUCACAGACAGCGAGAGGCUGAUCGGAGAUGCAGCCAAAAAUCAGGUUGCCAUGAACCCCACCAACACAGUCUUUGAUGCCAAACGACUGAUUGGCCGCAGGUUUGACGACACAGUUGUGCAGUCAGAUAUGAAGCACUGGCCAUUUAAUGUCAUCAACGACAACACCCGCCCCAAGGUCCAAGUUGAGUACAAGGGUGAGUCAAAGUCCUUCUACCCAGAGGAGGUCUCAUCUAUGGUACUCACAAAGAUGAAGGAGAUUGCUGAAGCCUACCUCGGAAAAACUGUCAACAAUGCUGUAAUUACUGUACCCGCCUACUUCAACGACUCCCAGCGUCAGGCCACUAAGGAUGCUGGAACCAUCUCUGGCCUCAACGUUCUGCGUAUCAUCAAUGAGCCAACCGCUGCUGCUAUUGCUUAUGGGUUGGACAAGAAGGUUGGGUCUGAAAGAAACGUUCUCAUCUUUGAUCUC